AUGAGAGUUCUCGAUCCCCAAUCCGCCCUUCUGACAACCUCCGAAGUACAUCAGUUCCUGUCUCAACAUCCGCCCAGGCCCGCGCCCCGGAAGAUUGGCUCCUACAAGCAGGUCAAUCUGAAGGACUAUGAGCGCGUGCGUGACGAUUUCGGGCAUUACAUUACGAAUACAGUCCCCUUCAUCGCUAGAUACCCACCGCCAGAGACGUUCAUCAAAAAUGUUGUGCCUAGAUUACAUGCAUUUGGGUUGACGAAGACGGAAGCGCUAGGGUUGAUCAAUCUGGGAUUGGGACUGCCCAGGGGUCAACAACGGCAAAAGGCUGCGGAUGAAGAUACACAAGCACAGGGUGUCAACGGCGAGGGCGACCAUGACGAUAAUGAUCAUGACGACGACGCUGCGGCCGGUCAGAUACCUGUAGAGGAAGAGGAAGAGCCAGCAGAACCCGACGAUCGACAAUUUCUUUCUCUCGUGAUAGAAGAAUUGGAGGAACGAUUUCCCGGUGAAGAGGGCGAGGUUCAGGUUCAGCAGAUCUUGGAGACGAUGCGCGAGGAAUACAACCGAGCACACGCAACGCACGCUUCGGCGAAUGGAGACACGAAAAAUCAAUAG